GUUAACAAAACUUCCCAUUACCAAUAUUAGUGUAGCCUAAGAUACAUGUCUAUAGAUUUUGGCUCAGUCUUUUCUCAAAAAUCAGUCCCAUUUUGGUUAAAAUUGGUUGAGUUCGCCCAUUAAUACAUUGUGCUACCGAAAAAUAUGGAGAAUUUCAGAUAUGGAGCGACAUAUAUGGAAGAAAAAAUAAAUUGGCGUUUGAAGAAGACGGGGAAAGGAAGCGAGCGCUAUUGGAAGAACAUUCACAUAGUGUUCAAGACUUUUUUGAGGUGUUUGCAGUAAUGGCUAUGACCCGUAUAAUACUGAUAUUGAGCGCUUAGCUCAUCGUCCAAAGAGGGUUGCAGAAGAUCAGUGGCGUUCAUUAGUUCAUUAUUGGAGUUCAAAAGAAGCAAAGGAAAAGAGCGAGAGAAACAAAGAAAGUCGAAAAAAGUUAACUAUGCCACACACAUCAGGAAGAAAAAGUCUUGCUCAAAUUAUAGAUGAUAUGACAAAAGAGAAUACUGGUGUAAAGCCAACUCGUAUUGAGGUGUGGAAAACAACUCACACUAGAGAGAAUAAACAACCAGUAAAUGACAUAGCCGGUGAAGUUAUGAAACAAAUGGAUGAUCUUGCUGAGGUGUAUCCCGAGUUAAAUGUCCCUGGAAGUGCUCGCAAUGAUAUAUAUUCACAAGUAAUGGGACCAGACACUCAUGGGAUUGUUCGAACUCUAGGAAAAGGAGCAGCUCCAAGUUUAGUUUAUGGCCCAGUAUAUAAACGAUCACAGUUGGAGCAACGAGAUUUUGAUGCAAGGGUUGAGAUAGAAGUUCAAAAAGCUACCGUAGCAAUCCAAAUUGAUAUGGAUAAAAAGUUGGUUGAAGCAAAACAAAAUAUGGAAGCAAAAAUGGAUGAAAGAAUGGAUGAAAAGGUGAAGGAAAAAGUGAAGGCUGAGAUGCAAGCAUACGUACAGAGUAUCAGUUUUAUGAAUGGCUCAAACAGUAAAUCAAUCAGUAAUGAAGAGCUUUCCCAUAACUCAGUUGAAGACCGCCAACAAUCAUUAUCUCCUGUAUCAGUUGUUCCAACAAAAAAGGUUAACUUAAUCAAGAACACCACAAAUAAUGGAGUUGACACACAAAAAAAGAAGUGGCACUUUUGAAGAGUGUGUGAUACCAAUUAUUGGCAAGUGAUGCUCGAAUUAUGGAAAGAUGAAUUCCAUUUGUCUUGUUGCAGAAUUUAUUCUAGAAAUUUAGGGAAUUAAAGAGAAAGUUUGACGUAGUUUCAUGUUGAAAUCACUUUAGCUUUUAUGUUUUAGUUAGAAUUUGUUUUAUUUGAGAUAGAACAACAAGUCCUUUGAUUUGACAGCGUCUAACUUGCAAGGAGACCUUUCUCUGCUAUGUCCUUUGAAAUACAAUUGACUGUCUUUUACUA